AAUGGCAUACAAUGACCAGAAGUUGUUCAGUGAAAAAAUAAGUGGAGCAGAAGGAACAAAGUUAGAUGAAGAAUUUCAAGAGAUGGAGAGGAAAAUUGAUAUCACUAAUAAAGCUGUAACAGAGCUUCUGUCCAAAUCCACAGAGUAUCUUCAGCCCAAUCCAGCAUACAGAGCGAAGCUGGGAAUGCUGAACACUAUGUCAAAAAUCAGAGGACAAGUUAAAACCACAGGCUAUCCUCAAACAGAGGGACUCCUAGGAGACUGCAUGAUACGGUAUGGCAGAGAGCUUGGCGAUGGUUCUAUGUUUGGGCUUGCACUGCUGGAUGCUGGUGAGAGCAUGAAGCAAAUGGCAGAGGUGAAGGACUCUCUUGAUAUUAAUGUCAAACAAAAUUUUAUUGAUCCUCUACAGUUGUUGCAGGACAAAGACUUAAAAGAGAUUGGGCAUCAUUUGAAGAAGCUAGAAGGACGCCGUUUGGAUUAUGAUUAUAAAAAGAAGCGUUUUGGAAAGAUACCAGAUGAAGAAGUUAAACAAGCAGUAGAAAAAUUUGAAGAGUCAAAAGAACUGGCUGAAAGAAGCAUGUUCAAUUUCUUAGAGAAUGAUGUAGAGCAAGUUAGCCAGUUGGCUGUGUUUGUAGAAGCAGCACUAGAUUACCAUAAACAAUCCACAGAAAUUUUGGAGGAUCUGCAGAGCAAGCUGCAAAACCGAAUAAACAUAGCAUCUAGUCGGCCUAAGCGUGAAUUUAAGCCAAAGCCUGUAAUAACUACCACUCUGGAAAUGGGUGAUAAUCAGCAGCACAAUGGGAUUGCUUAUAGUUCUUCCAUAAAAUCAUCAGGUUCUUCAAUGCACAUGGAUCAGCCAUGCUGCCAAGCUCUCUAUGACUUUGAGCCAGAAAAUGAAGGCGAGCUUGGUUUCAAGGAAGGGGACAUCAUAACUCUGACCAAUCAGAUUGAUGAGAAUUGGUAUGAGGGGAUGUUAAAUGGAGAGUCUGGUUUCUUCCCCAUUAAUUAUGUUGAAGUGAUGGUUCCCUUGCCUCAGUGAUUGUAUCAUUCAAGCUGUGAACGUGAUUUCAUGACUGAAAUAGAUUCACAAAUGUUCUGUCAGUGUGGCAUUCUGUGAAAGCCUUGCUGUUUGACUGACUUACUGACUUUUGUAUGCGUCUUUUUAAAAUGUAUUUAUUUUAUAUUAAAAAAAAUCACCUUCCCUGACUCAUCAACCUGCAAAAAAACCCCUACCUAGUUUUUUUGCUUUGUGCCUUGAAGAUCACUGUAUGAAGUGUUUACUGGUAGCUCACUGUUGCUCCAAAAAAUGCAUUUCCUUGCUAUCACUGUAUGUGGAUUGGGGUUUUUUUUUAAUAUAUUUGGCUGCAAUGAUUUUAUUAUUGAAA